AUGGUCACCUGGCCAAGCUCCAGGCAGCUGCCCACUCCCCGAAAGGGCAGCCCACCCUGCCCCAGUCUGAAAUGGGGCCCCUCCGUGUGGGGCCCGUCAGCCCCUCGGCACCCAAGGGUCCCCGGCCUGCCUGGUCCUUGUCUCUCAGGGGCCUGUCCAGCUCGGACACUGCUGCCUCCUCCUGCCUCUCCACAGCCCCUCUGGCCCGGCUUCCCUUCCAAAUCAGACCCGAAUCCUGCCCUCUGCCCUCCCCAUCCAGCCUCACUUCAUGGACGCCGUGGGACUGGGCAGGCGGCCGCGCCUCCUCCCCAGACUGGGGUGGGGGGCCGUGAGCUGGUGCUGAGCCCAGUCCCGCCCAGGAGAGGACCCGAGAGUCCAGGCGCGCGGGGGCUGUGGAGGAGCAGGGCAGACAGCAGAGGGUCAGGGGGGCGGACUGCUGGCCUCAGCCUGAGGGAGGGGACACCAGGUCCUCCCAGCAGGGCAGACUCAAGCCCCAGCACCCCAGCGUCUCCACCCCAGGGACUCCCCGGCUGGGUGUGUCCGGGGAGGGCAGAAAAGGCCCCAGCAUUCCUGCUUCUUCCUGCAGAGCCAGGAUGGGCCUUGGGGCAGAAAAGGGCUGGGCACCCACGAGAGCCACAGGCCGGGCCGGGAGAGCCCCCAGGACACACGCCGGGGAGGGAGAGGAGGAAGCAGAGCCCAGGGCAGGGGCUGGAGCAGGGGCCGGGGCAGGUGGUCCGCUCAGUCCUCCGGAGCUCAGCGCAGGAGCAGCUGAGAACUUUCUGGAAGGGCAGGGCCUGGGGUGGUAGCCCAGGGGUGGGUGCCGCUUGCUCAGAGCACUCUGGGCGCUGGACUCCGACAGCCUGGCCCAUAGAGGGGACGCUGACCACAGAGCCGGCGACACCCCGAGGCUCUCUACCAGACCCAGCUGCUCCCCCAUUUGGGCACUGCUGGCCUCUCCCACACAUGAGGCCUGGCAUGCACACAGCGGGGCUGGGGGUCACACGGUCCCUCUACCUUCCCCAGACGCUGCAGUGACUGCUACGACUCCGGGAGAGCUGGCCAGGUUCUGGAAUAUUCUGAAGAUGGAGGAAACCAAAUCCCAGGCAAACCGGAUGCUCCAAGUGAAUGAAGAGGAAGAAGAGCUGUGGCUGGAGCCGUCAGAGGUCGUGGGGCUGUGAGGGUGGAGCGGGGGCUGGGUAGGAAGACGCACCCUGGAGCCAGCAGGCAGGGACCAGGCUGGGCGAGGGCAAGCAACAGGUCAGGCUCCAGGGACAGCUCAGAAACGCGAAGGAGAAGCACUCGGCACAGCCAAGUUCUAGCUGCCAGAAGGUUCUGCCCAUACAAGGCAGGAAGGACUGCUACCAUUUGGAGAGCCAUCUCAAUGCCAGGAAGCUGAACUCUCCAACAGAAGGGAAUGGGGGGGGUCGCCUCUGCACAUGGACAAAGCCACGUGGAAGCCACAGCUCAGCAGUGAGAGGUGCAGAGGGACCCUCGCCCGCCACCUGAACCUCAAAGAGCACUCUGAGAACACAGUCGACCACACUGCUAACACUGACUUAUUUCACAAAGGGCACAA